AUGUGUGUCUUUACUCCAGUGCCUAUUCCUUAUUCCAGUGUGAGUGUGGACCUGAAUUCGAACAAUCCUGGGCCUUCGUUGAAUGAUGCCUCAGUGCAAACCAGUGAACCAGAAACUGUCACUCCAAGUGCGGAAGAUGAUGCUCCGAAAACUAUAACGUGCAUGUUGUGUCAGGAAGAAGUGCCGAGAGAUAAGAAGUCUCUACGAGCACACGUCCAAACGCAUUCUGGCAAACGUUACGGUUGUAGUCGUUGCAAGUAUCACACGGAUAGAAAGUUCGACGUAUGUCCUUCAUUUCAGUUUAGAAGUUUAUCUCAAGUCGUUUCCUAUCAGUUCACACCCAGAAUCAGGGCAUGCACCUCUUGUGCUGUUCUCACGCUUUGGCCACUCCCAAUUAUUGCGUGCACGUUAUAA